AUGGUCAACUCAUUGAACGGGAUGUCCAGAAGCAGUACACGUAUCAAAUACUCCGAGCAACCUGGCCGCUCAGGAGCGGAACAGCUUUUGAGCAUUUUCAAGAAGUUGACAACGCCCACGGAACAGAACUGGCCAGGAGUAACCAGAUUGCCGCGAUACAGGACCGAUUUUCCCCAGUGGACCAGCAGCACCAUCGAGAGCGACCUCAAGGAUUUCCUGGACGCAGACGGCCUCAGAAUCCUGCAACAGAUGCUUGUCUACCAUCCUGCGCAACGCAUUUCCGCGAAGGCUCUGCUGAAAGAUGAUUAUUUCAACGACGUGGACCGAAGCAAUUUCCCCAGACUUUCCAGCCGCCGCCGCUUCAAAGAAGAAGUACCACACCGCAGCACCACUUUUAUGCGAUUUAAACAUUAUCCAAGAUUCCGUCUGUAA